AUGUUGUCGCCAGUCUUCUCGUAUGCCAUCGCGACAUUGGCUUCAGUCGCGGGAGCAACCCUCGUCUCAGACAACCCCGCGCUGGCAGCAGACAAGGCAUUCGACUUUGUGAUUGUCGGUGCCGGCCUUUCCGGACUGACCGUUGGAAACAAACUUAGUGGGCAAGGCCAUUCAGUCCUCAUAGUAGAGGCUGGGCCAGACGGCUCAUGGAAUCCUGCGGUUUGGGACGCCGGUGGCCGACCGUAUCCUGCUGUUUACUGUAAUUGGAACUACCCCAGGUAUGACGAUGCUGGUAAAAAGCUGAACUCUACCAUUGACGCUGGGGCUUGUAUCGGCGGGUCAACUUCGAUAAACGGGAUGGUCUGGUAUAGGCCGACCAAAGCUGAAAUUGAUAAAUUGGAGACCCUUGGCAACCCUGGUUGGAAUUGGGAUAGUCUCGAGCCAUAUAUGACAGCAAUUGAACGAAACAUUCCGCCAACAGACGCUCAAAUUGCACAAGGCGCAGGCUACGACCCGGAUGUACAUGGCUACCACGGUCAAGUCAAUACAUCCUUCUCCACACCUAUGCGUAUCCCCAAAGCCGUACAAAUAUACAAGGAGGGCCUACCGCUCGCAUUCUCAGGCCUCAAGAUUGGAAAUGACUUGUCUAAUCGCACUUCAGUUGUCUCUGCAUCCACCUCCUGGACACUCUGGUACGAUCUGGUGAGAGGCAAAAACAUACGAUCAUCAGCAGCGGACGCUCUGCUUUGGGCACCAAGUCAACAGAGACAAAGCUUGACUGUACUUGCUAACCAUACAGUGACAAAAGUGACAUUCGAUAAGCACCUCAAAGCAACAGGGGUCACCUUCGCCUCCAGUCACACCAAAGGCAAGGGAGUGAUUUAUAGUGUCAGAGCACGCAAAUCCGUGAUCCUUGCGGCUGGUACACUGGCAUCGGCACCAAUCUUGGAACGAUCUGGAGUUGGUAAACACAGCGUCUUGUCCGCAGCAAAAGUCAAGCAACUUGUGGAUCUGCCCGGAGUUGGUGCAAACCUCAACGAUCAACCUGGAUCUGGGACGUCAGCGCUCAUGUCAAAAAAGUACCACAAUGACACCUCCAUGGUUGAUGGGCUAAAUAUAUUCGGCCCUGAAAUCUCCCUAGUCAAUAUUGACCAGAUUUGGACAACAACUGCAUCCUCCAUUGCUGACUCUCUGGUCUCCACGGCAAGUCUGGCUUCUCGCGCCAAAUCUCUUGUCGAUGCUGGAGCGGCAGUCAACAUUGAAGGGGCAGAGCAAAUUCUGAAUGUUACAAUACAACUAAUCGUCAAAUCACGAUUGCCCGUCGCAGAAUUCAUCGCCGAGACAUAUCCGACCGUCUUCAAUGGCAUCUUCUGGCCAGUAAUGCCACUAUCAAGAGGCCAUGUGCACAUACAUUCCACUGACCCCUUCGAAUUUCCCGUCAUCAUGCCUCGCCUUCUCACAGAUCCUUUUGAUCAACAAGUAGCCCUUGCUAUCGCACGGGCUUCCCGAGAACUCUGGACAAGUAAACCCUUUGCUGGUUACGUUGAAGACGCGUACUACGACCCCAAAAUCGGACCUAAUGGCACAGAUGCAGAGUAUCUUGCAUGGCUCAAACGGUCAAGCGGUGGAGCGAGUCACUGGAUAGGAACUACGGCCAUGAUGCCGAGACAGCUGGGAGGAGUGGUGGAUUCUCGACUGCGUGUCUAUGGAACUAAGAACCUACGGGUUGUGGAUGCUGGGAUCCUGCCUUUCCAGAUCACGUCUCAUACUAUGUCGGCACUUUAUGCUGUGGCACUGAAAGCUGCACAGCUCAUUCUGGAAGAUUGCAAGUGA